UCUCGACUUCCUUAUCUCCGUUGCAGUCUCAUGAAUUCCCUAGAAUGCCCUAUCUUAAACCCCGCGUUCACGUGCCCAACCACGUGCCAGUUUUAAAGCCAUUGACGCCCGCGCAUUCAAGGUUUCUUUUACCCGAAAAACUGAAAGUCACGGCUUCUGAGCUGCCGAUAACGGCGGCGGCUUCGGCGUCGAUGAUGGAGGCGGAGGGAUUAGAAGUGGACAGGGUAACGGAGGCGGAGCUGAAAGAGAACGGGUUCAGGAGCACACGUCGGACCAAGAUCAUCUGCACCAUCGGGCCUCGCACGUGCGAGUUCGAAGAGAUUGAGGCUCUGGCUGUGGGAGGAAUGAACGUGGCGCGUGUCAAUAUGUGCCACGGCACCCGCGAGUGGCACCGAGACGUGAUCGGGCGGGUGAGGCAUUUAAAUGAAGAGAAAGGGUUCGCCGUGGCAGUUAUGAUGGACACGGAAGGGAGCGAGAUCCACAUGGAUGAUCUAAACGGCGCCCAAUCGGCCAAAGCCGAGGAUGGUGAAAUAUGGACUUUUACUGUGCGAGCAUUUGAUCCGCCAUCGUGCCCCAAACGUACCAUUACUGUUAACUAUGAUGGCUUUGCUGAAGAUGUGAAGGUUGGUGAUGAGCUGCUUGUUGAUGGAGGAAUGGUGAGGUUUGUGGUGACUGAAAAGAUUGGUCCAGAUGUAAUCUGCCACUGUACAGAUCCAGGGCUGUUAUUACCUCGUGCUAAUCUUACUUUUUGGAGAAAUGGGAAUCUAGUUCAAGAGCGUAAUGCCAUGCUUCCUACAAUAUCUUCAAAGGAUUGGCUGGAUAUUGAUUUUGGAAUUGCAGAGGGUGUUGAUUUUAUUGCAGUAUCCUUUGUGAAGUCUGCUGAAGUCAUUAAGACUCUAAAGAGCUAUAUCACUGCACGAUCACCUGAAAGCCAAAUUGCUGUCAUUGCUAAGAUUGAGAGUAUUGACUCUUUAAAAAAUUUGGAAGAGAUUAUUCAGGCGUCAGAUGGCGCUAUGGUGGCCAGAGGAGAUCUAGGUGCACAGAUACCAUUAGAACAGGUCCCAUUAGUUCAACAGAAAGUUGUGCAGCUGUGCAGGCAAUUAAAUAAGCCUGUCAUUGUUGCCUCCCAGCUGCUUGAAUCCAUGAUCGAAUAUCCUAUACCAACCAGAGCAGAAGUUGCUGAUGUUUCUGAAGCAGUAGGGCAGCAGGCAGAUGCUCUAAUGCUUUCCAGUGAAUCAGCCAUGGGUCAAUACCCUGAGAAAGCAUUAGCUGUGCUAAGAAGUGCAAUAACAGCGGCAAUGGUUGAUGAUGAUGGCGAGCGAAACAAGUGCAUCCAUGAUCGCAUUUGGAGGUGA